CCCAGAAUUCUUAGCGAUAUCAAAAUGGCGUCUAUGUCAAUGACAGCAUGACACCGGGAAUACGCUGAAUAUUGUGGAUAUCUUGAUUGUUUCAAAGAGUCAUCACAUUGUCCACGACAUAAUGAAACUACUGAUUAGAGUGGCAAAACAAGCCCAAAGGACAUCUCUCCAACGCAUCGUAUUUUCUAGGUUUGCAUCAGACAGUUCACCGCUAGCAAAAGGCCCUGAAAGCACAGAGGAGUGUAGGUGGUUGUGUGGGUCGUCGCAGGAGAUUUUGACCGCAGUGCGCGGACAGGUUGAAGUCAGGGAGAACUUCAUUAGUGAGGAAGAGGAGGAUGCUAUUUUUAAAGAAGUAGAACCAGGACUUAGAAAAAAGCGAUAUGAAUUUGACCACUGGGAUGAUGCCAUCCACGGCUAUAAGGAAACAGAGCGCCUCCGGUGGGGAGAUGCUUGUGAAAAAAUCCUAAGGCGGGUCAGAGAAGUUGCAUUUCCCAAGGGCAGUCCACUGCUUGGGCCUGUUCAUGUUCUUGACCUGGACAAAACAGGCUACAUCAAACCCCACGUCGACAGUGUAAAGUUCUGUGGAAGCACCAUUGCAGGAUUGAACCUGUUGUCUGACAGUAUUAUGCGACUGGUCCCAGAGAAUAAUUCAACAGACUGGGUGCACUUGCUUUUGAGUCGUCGUUCACUUUAUAUAUUGAGGGAUGAUGCUAGGUUUAAAUUCACACAUGAAAUCCUGAAAGAUGAAGAGUCCUUUUUCUCAGGACAGAAGGUCCCACGGCAUCGGCGCAUUUCUGUGAUUUGUCGAAAUCUGCCAGUUUAAAACAAUAAAGACUUGAUUAAACUGUG